GCUGACUCACCCACAAGCAAAAACAAUGUAAAAGUGCAAGCCGAUUCGAUUCGUGCCCUAUAAGUGAGUAAUAAUCGCGUGUAUAGGCGAAUUCUGACAACCUAUGGUCGCCCAGCUGCUCAAUUUGAAUAGAUAUUGCAUCUGGUAGAUACGGGACUUUUAAUGAGUGAGAAAAAACCGCCACCACGUCCUCCUUUGCCGAGGCAAGGAUCGGGCGGUAAACCUCCGAGUGGUGCAAACACCGGUGCAGGGAGAUUGCGGAACGCACUAGCUUCCAUAUCUAUACGCUAUAAUCCAACCAACGCUCAGAGGGAAUCCGAUUCCGAAGAAGAGAUCUCGAUUGUGCGUAAGGCUGAGGCAAAUUGCGACGGUGAAAACCACGAAAUUGCGAUAACAAGUAGCGAGAGUGAAAACGCGUCGGUGACGACAUACAGUUGCAUACGACCUGGAAGCAAGUUGGAGGAGACAUCUAAACAAAUUAAAGCCGGCUCGGAAGCAAGUUUGAAACAGGCGGCGAUUAGCGCAAUUGGCGCGGAAAAAAAUCAUGUAGUAAAGCAAAGGAGUUGGCCGAUAAGUGCGGGGAAUUUUAGGAUUGAAAAGGAGAAAGGACCAAACUCGAGUGGCGCCAUGCGCUUUCUACGACGUGAGGGUCGACAAGCGAAUACCACUCAAUCGUCGAAAGUGAAUGAGGCGAAAGAGGAAACGGCUGAUGCUGGGUCGACGGGUUCGCAACCUUCACAGACCCAUCUCAGCCUGAAGGAGAAAGAUCGCGAGUCUACUUCACGGUCGCGUUCACCGUCGCCCUUUCGCAGACUGCAUCGCCACACACAAGAAGCAACCGAGCGCCUUACUGCAUCGUGCUCUCCAGCCAUCUCCUUGUCAUCCCUUUUAGCAGCAGCAAAAGAUGACAGUUCCACAGAUCCAGUGAAAGAAAACGUAGAAGUUGAAGAAGAGGAAUUUCAAGAUGCUUUGCCCGAGUUAUCUCCUCCUUCAAGAUUAUCGAACUAUGAAGAUAUAGACAUUUUUUUGGAGUCUCCGGAUCUUCCUAGCCAUGUCUAUGAACCACACUACACACUUUUAUCUGUCUCAGUUCUACUGACGUACACAUAUUUUAUUACUACACCACCCGUGUUUGUGAAUGGAAUGGUUUUUGGGUUUCUAGUAGCGUAUUUGGUGGGUUGUGUUGUCCUCUGGAUUCUCUGCCCAGAAGACUCCGCGAAAGAGAGAUUUGAAAGAGAACUGAAAGAAUACAACCGACAUAUCGCAAACGCUCCCAAAAGGGAUUAUACUUCUAUCGAUCCUGGGCUUCUAUUGCGGCCCCGAGAAUUGAAGGGAUGGAUGUACAAAGCUUAUGACUAUGACCCUUCAACUGUGUCAGAAACAACACCAGUGUUUGCACAACUCAAAGGAACCAAGCUAACACUCUCACAUCCAAAGCUCAACCCAAAUAAAAAGUUAGAUCCAAGAACUUUAGAUGACAAUGCUAGUAUACCUUUCAAUCGCCAUGAUAGCUUUGAUCUAACUGGCGGGAAAGUCUCACUUGUUCCACCAACAAUUACUAAGAAGAGAAUCUGGAGCAAAAAGUACCCUCUUCUGGUGAUGCUAGACAAACCAGGCAAGGUGACUGAGGAAAUUAAAGAGGUUAUCACUGAAGACAAUGGCAAGUCAAUUCUUCAGAAAAUGCGAAGUCAGACUUCAUUUGAGGAUAUUAGCAUUCUGUAUUUGUUUGCUCGCACUGGUCGUGAGAAAGAGGAAUGGUACCAGUACUUUAGUAAAUUGAUGGUUUCCAACAAGGAAGAAACCAUCUCUGACCUAGAUUACUUGCUUCGCCCAUCCUGUAGCUACCCACAUUAUAUGGCUAAGCUGUUGCCAGUGAUUGAAGACACAUCAGGAGAAGGCCAGCAGGUCCAGUUGUCCUGGGUGAACAUGCUGUUCGGAAGGGUGUUCUGGGAUGUCUGGCAGGAUCGUUACUGGGCGGACAAAAUCACUCAACGCUUUCAGAACAAGCUCAGUAAACUACACAAGCCUCAGUUCAUCAGGGAUAUUAGCAUUAAAGACUUAUCACUUGGAAACAGUCUACCAAUCAUUAGUCGUGUCUCCCUACCAGUGCUUGAUGAGCGUGGGACAUGGAUUGAUUUUGAUGUGACUUACAGUGGAGGGCUAGUGUUCACAUUAGAAACCUAUCUCAAUGUUGAUGGCUACUUGUCUUACUUUCUGAAUCUCGGUAAUGAAAUAGAGAAUAAGGAAAUAUCUGCAGAUUUGGAAAUGGCGGAACUCUCACGUAAGUAUGAAAUGAUGGAAGAGGAGGAACGUUCAAAGGAUAUUCUUGAGGAAGAUGCUGCUUCCUUGACCUCAGAGAGUCCACCAGAGAGUGACUCUGAUUUUGAAUCCCCGGAGUCUGACUUGGAAGAGUUUAACAUUAGACUGAGUUCUGGCACAGAAUCCGAUCUCUCCCCUGAUGCAAUGCGAGCAAGACCUGAAUUUGUGGUGUCUAGAUCAACAGACAGUUCCAGUGACCGAGAAAGCUUGCACGAGGAAAGCAACCUUGCAGCUUCAUCCAACUCCAUGACUUCAUUCCAAAUUUCAUCAGAAUCCUUAACAAAGUCAGACAGCAUUCCAAUAGAGUUGAACAGUACAGGUCGUGUCAGCCCUGUCCAAAAACAAAGCUCUAAUGAAGAUGAGAUGUCACGCUCAGAGCCAGGGAGCCCUACCCCUGGUAGUGGCCCAUCCAGUCCAAUUAGAAGAAACAUUAACAAUAAACCCAACACGAAAAGGAAGGUUAUAAGCGUUAUUGAGAGACUUGCUAAGUCCAAAUGGGUUAAGAAGGCUGCGGAGACUAAGAUUGUAAAGUCAGCAGCGGAGAAGUUCUCUAACUUGCCAAUCAUCCUGUCCGUUGAGGUGCAAACGGUGAAGGGGACUCUUGCUAUCAACAUACCUCCGCCACCUACUAACAGGCUCUGGUAUGGUUUCCGUGGCAACCCAAUGUUGUUCGUAUCUGCUCGUCCAAAGCUUGGUGCUCGACAGGUUAAACUGACUCACGUGACAGACUGGAUAGAAAAGAAACUCAAACAGGAGUUUAAGAACAUGUUCGUACUUCCUAAUAUGGAGGAUUUGCCAAUCAAACUCAUGAAAUGUGACGUCGAACAGCAGUUUGAAGACAGCUGAGUCAGUUUGUGCAUGCCGCCAUGGUAGUGACCGCUGAUCUGUCAAAGUCUGCGUAUUGAUUCAUGCCGCUGACUAUGACCAAGAGUGAUGGCUCAGAUGACAGGAUCGCGCAAUUAUCUUGUAGGGAUUUCAUAUGCGAAUUGAACACGCUUAGUUGUCUGCUAUUUAGAUGAAGUUUUUAACCAUAUUAGUUUUAUUUUCAUGGUUACCCUGUGUUGUGACGCUGCACUCCUAUAGAACUGUGGGGCGGCAAAAUACUGUACAAUUUUAUGACCACGCACGCAUCCAUCCCAGAAUCCUAUUCAAGCCUCUUGCAGUAAGAUGUUACGAAUCUAGACUUUUAAACUUUAGGGGGAGGGGACGAAAUGGAAAUUAUUUUAUUCUCUUAUCAGCAGGGUUGGAAACGGGAUUAGAUAGUACGAUGUUUUCUGUUGCGCAAGUUUUAGCGCGAGCAGGCGUUUGGGCUAUAGAUUAUUUAGUAAAGUAGAAUAUUUAUUUUUAAUACCCUUACUUCAAAGUAUUAAUAUAAAGCCCGUUACUUAUGUCAAGUGUAAACAAAUAACAGAUUUAUGUUGUGUUACAAUAAAGUUUUAAUUAACGAGAA